CAUCAUCAUCAGCUGAAACACGUGUUGUCAGGUUGAACCAUAACAAACUGCUGAGUGGAGAUGAACAAUUACUGACUUGCUGAGGAAAUACAGGAUGGUUGAACAGCUACAGGAGGAGGCUGGGAUGUUCUCGGCGCCACCCCCCAUCCCCCAGGGCAGCCUGCAGCCCCCAGCCGCCCUAGACAACGGCCCGGGCACUAUAGAGUCUGACGAUGAGGUGGACAACUUUUCAGGCUCAGACAGUGAUGAUGAGAUCGAAGUGCGGCGUGAUGCUAAGGAGUCAGAAUUCUACAAGGACUUCAAUUUCCUGAGCACAGCGGGGGACUACCAACGAGACACUUGGGACGAGGUGCUGAAGUAUUUGAAGCCCCAACGCAGCAUCAACAUCAGCCACACCAUCGCACGUGUCAGGCUGGAGGAAAAGGAGAAGAGGAAGAAAAAGAAGGAGCAGAAGGAAAAAAAAGAGAAGGAAGGGGAGGAGGAGGUGAAGGUGAAGAAGGAGGACGGGGAGGAAGACUCGGACCUGGACUUUGAGAAGGAGGAAGAGGAGGAGGAAGAGGAAGAGGAUGAGGAUGAGGAAGAGGAAGAAGAGGAGGAAGAGAACUCAGAUGGGGAAUUUAUGCCAGAUCCAGAUACAAAGGACGUCCUGCGGCAGAGGGAGGACGAGGUGAAGAGGAAGGAGAGACGCAAAGACCGCCCUGUCAAGAUCAAGAAGUCCCUGAAGGAGCUACGACAGGAGGAAAAUGACGCCAAAUUCUUCGAAGAUGCGCCGCCGUGCCAGGCUGACACAACCUUCCUGGAGAUGAAUUUUUCACGGUCACUUCUGAAGGCCAUCGACAGUUUAGGCUACGACAGACCGACCCCAAUCCAGGCCGCCACCAUCCCUGUAGCCCUCCAGGGACGUGACGUGUGUGGGUGUGCGGCGACAGGGACCGGGAAGACAGCUGCCUACAUGCUGCCGAUAUUAGAGCGCCUUUUAUAUAAACCGCGCGAUGAUGUGGUGACGAGGGUGCUGGUGGUGGUGCCUACGAGAGAACUGGGCGUGCAGGUGUUCCAGGUGUCUAAGGAGCUCUCCAAGUACUCCCAUGUUGAAAUAGCCUUGUCGGUGGGUGGCCUUGACCUGACCACUCAAGUCGCCGCCCUUAAGAGGAUCCCGGAUAUUGUUAUUGCCACGCCAGGUCGCCUCAUUGACCACACUCUCAACACGCCCACCUUCAGUCUGGAUAGCAUUGAGAUCUUGGUGUUGGAUGAGGCAGACCGGAUGCUGGACGAGAGUUUUGAGGACCAGAUGAAGGAGAUUAUCCACCACUGCUCAGGCAACAGACAGACGCUGCUCUUCUCUGCCACCAUGACCUCGCAAGUCAAGGAGCUGGCCAUGGUAUCCCUCAAGAACCCAGUCAAGGUGUUUGUGAAUGAGAACACAGACGUGGCUCAAAACCUGCGGCAGGAGUUUGUGCGGCUGCGGAAACACCUGGAGGGUCAGCGAGAGGCGGCCCUGGCAUACCUCGUGUCACGCUCCUUCCGCCAGAACUGCAUGGUGUUUGUGGAGACCAAGGCCAUGGCACACCACCUGAACAUCCUCCUAGGGCUUCUCGGCAUCAAGGCGGGCGAACUCCAUGGCAACCUGAAGCAGACCGACCGACUCUUGGCGCUCAAAAAAUUCCGCGACCAGGAAGUUGAUGUCCUCAUAGCGACGGAUGUGGCUGCCCGUGGUCUGGACAUCAAGGGAGUGAAGACUGUCAUCAACUACACCCUGCCAUCGCGCUACACCCGCUACGUGCACAGGGUGGGGCGUACAGCCAGGGCGGGACACUGUGGCCGGUCGGUCAGCCUGGCCGGAGAAAAGGAGUUCCCCAUGCUGAAGGAAAUCAAAAAGUGUUCUCGCAGCGCCAUGUUUGAACGGGUCCUCAAUAAAGACGUCUUGGCUAAGUAUGUGAGUCGGGUGCAGCGCCUGGGCCCGGCGGUGAAGCGGGUGAUGCAGGAGGAGCAGCAGGAGAAGCAGCUGGCAGCGAUGGAGCAGAGUAUUCGCAGCAUGGAGAAACGACUGCAGGACACGGAGAAGGAGGGGGAGGAGGACGCCAAGCCACAGCGCACAUGGUUCCAGACUGACGAGGAGAUUAAACAGAAGACUAAGAAGCGAGCACUGAAGGGCAAGGCGCUGGCGGCCAUGGAGCGUGCCAAGAGGAGGCAGAAGAACAGGAAGGACGCGGAGGACCCUGAGGAGAAGCGUGUGAGGGCGGAGGUGGGGUGGGCGCAGCGGAAGGCUAAGAGGGACAGCAAACCCAAGCGUCUCGCCUUGCAGGAUGACGUGGAUGCUCCUGUCAGGGUGUCUGCUGGUGGUGCUGGUGGUGGUGGUGGUGGCGGAAGGAAGCGGAAGAAGGGUGGAGCGGCCUCAUCCUUCGACCAGGAGCUCACCAGGACAGAUCGUCGCUCCGUCAAGAAGUUCCGUGCCGGUCCGUCAUACCAGGAGCGGCGGGAGGCUUUCCAGGACAAGAACCCCGGCAAAAAGUUUAACCCCAGAGGAAAGAAGAAAUAGUGGGGUUGGGGGUUGGGAUUGGGGAGGGGUUCUUUCAUUUUUCUCUCUCUCUCUCUCUCUCUCUCUCUCUCUCUCUCUCUCUCUCUCUCUCUCUCUCUCUCUCUCUCUCUCUCUCUCUCUCUGUCUGUAUGUGUAUGUUAUAUAUUUAGUCUGGGCAUCUGUGUAAGCUUUACCAUUCUGUUAAGCUUGAGGGGAAAGCUGAACCCCUCCAGUAUCCUGACACACUUCCAUAUUCAUUAUCUUUACUAUUUGGUGACUUUCUACAGCUUCACAAACUCAUGUAGGAUUAAAAUAGUGAAGACUGUGGCCAUUAAUCCUCUGACCUCCAUAUACUCUUCCUAAUGUCAAUAAAAUGGUCUAAGUGUACACAAAUCUCAAGGUCAAAAUGCGUCCCAGUACUGAAGACAGUGGCCAUUAAUUUUCUGACCUCCAUAGAUCCUUCCUAAUGUUAAUAAAAUGGUCUAAUCACAUACAAAUCUCAAGGUCAAAAUGCAUCCCAGUACUGAAAGGGUUAAAUUACAAUAUACUGCUGUGAAAUGAUGUCAGUUGAAAUAAAUGAAUUUGCUUUUA